CGAGAUUGCAGCCGGAAAAACUCCCCGCUUCCAACUACCAACUCGGACUUCUCCAAGACGAAGACAUCCGGAGUCUGCGAACGUGGCUUGGGCCACAGGGAUCUGGAGGACUGCAGCGUUCCUGGCCCCCUCGCCUGAGUGGCGGCGCUCUCACACCACGAUGGCCUCAUCGCCCCCGCGUCAUAAACGCCGCAAGGCCUCAUGCAAGGAGUUCCAAUGCACCCACGAGGGCUGCGGACGGACGUAUUCUCGGGCCGAGCACCUCCAAAGGCAUCAGCUAAACCAUUCGCCCAAGGAGAUUUACUACUGCGACUAUCCCGGAUGCUCAUUCUCCUUUGUGAGAAAGGAUCUUUACGCCCGCCACAAAUUGAGACAUGAGCGACAGAUUCAGCAAUAUGGCAACGGCCGUUUGUCUCAGAGGCCCAGCACGUCUCAGCGGGAGUUCUCGAAAAUGCCGAGACACCGGUACUCGUUUAGUGAGGAUGGAUCAGCCUGGAGUGACACCCAAGAUGAGGCCAGGGAGACUCCAGGCAAAGAGGGAAAUCCGAGCAAGCAUGGUCUAUCGUUAGGUGAUGGCCAUGGUGAGGCGGACGAAUUAGGCCUGCAGUCAGAGGCGGUCGGAGGCUCAGGGCAGCACGAGAAUGGCAACGACAUGACCGAUGCUCUUGGCCAUUUCGCCGACCAGAGGCAAUUUCGAAGCAGGGAAUCGUCCAUAUCGCCAGACAAACAGCCUAUGGGGAGUGUCCCGUUUCGGAUGGAUCAGAUGCAAGGCACCGACAUGCCAAUGACGAUACAGAGUCCCGGAAUGCCGACGAGGCCGGAGCGCGCGAGAAACCAAUCCUUCGUGCUGCAGGGCGGGCUUCCCGCCACCAGCGCCGAACAGCUUCUCGAAGACCAGCCGUUUGGUGUUUCCCCCUCAAGUACGGACGAAUUUACCUCUUGGCUGUUCAACGGACAAGGUGGCAUCGGUUCUGGGUACUCCUUUGUUCCCGGGAGUUCCUUGGGAGGAAUGGGAGGAUAUUCCAACAACUUUGGUCAACUCUGCCCUGAAUAUCCAACCCAGCCGAACAUUAUGGGCGGCUCAUUUAUGGAACCAAUGAACCUUUGGUUCCAGUCGGAGACAAUUCCAAUGGCCACCACAAUGGCAGAUGUUGCACAGCUGGGGAAGACGGGAUUGUCGGAGCACAAACGCCAGUCCCUGCUUCAGUACAUGAUCCAACGGUUCAACGAAAUUGGCUCCCAAGGAACCAAGUCAGCGACAGACAUGAAGAAUGAGAUUUUUGGAAGCGACAGCGAAGCCGAUACACACGUGUUAAGUUUGCUGAAUGUACAAAAGUACAUCGAUUCGUACUGGGACAACUUUCACGACCAAUUGCCGAUUCUCCACAAGCCAACUUUUGUGCCGGAAACAGCACACGACUUUCUCUUGCUCGCUGUAUUACUAAUGGGAGCAUCUAUGCUGGAAAAGAAGAAUGGGCCCUCUGACAUGACGGACAAAAUUUCAAAGUUCACCACCUUUGUAUCCUGGAACCUCCGAUGGCAAGUGUUCAUGCACGCAGAUUCUCACCCACCAGCCAAGUUAUGGGUCAUACAAACGCUUCUCAUCCUCGAAGUGUACGAGAAGCUGAAUGCAACUCGCGUCCUUCACGAACGCGCCCACAUCUAUUUCCCCACCACCCUCUCUCUCAUGCGGCGAGGAAGCGCUCUAACGGGGAAGCAAUCGUCGUACGCGUCACGAGUCCCAAGUCCUCUUCUCAGCCCAAAGCUAGGCCAACCUAUAAGGCAUCCGCCUACAUCAAGUCGCCCGCAGUUUGAUCCAUCAUCACCCGAGAAAUGGUGGGAUCAUUGGAUUGCGCAAGAGGCCACACGCCGGGCGGCGAUUGCUGCAUUCAUCAUUGAUGCUACCCAUGCUGCCUUGUUUGGACACACCCCGACACUUGUAAUCCACGAAAUCAAGCUUCCUCUGCCUUGUGACAACACCUUGUGGUCAUCAGACUCACCAUCGGAGAUUGGCUGUGUCGAGUCCAGUCUUUAUGCCAAUGGCGUCACUCCAAUCUCGUUCCUUGACGGACUGCAAAGGACGCUCAACGGUCAAAAAGUGCGAACAAGUCCCUUUGGAAGAAUUGCGUUGCUCGCUGCACUAUUAUCAGUAACUUGGCAGAUGCACCAGAGAGACCUCGAUCGAUCCACUCUCGGUACGGACACUAUUCCUGGAGUUCAGGAGCGAUGGCGACCAAAGCUACUGAGAGCGUUUGAUUGGUGGAAAAAAGACUACGAUGAUGGCAUCGCCCAUGUUCGACACGCUGCCUUUGACUGGCAGAGGUUAGGGUUGAGCAGCAGAGGUGGCAGUGACGAUGGGGAUGCUUUCCAAACUCUUGGGACUGUGCUCUAUCACUUGGGGCAUAUUACUGUUUACAUCAGCAUGCCAGAGCUCUGUAUUUUCGCCGGUGUUCCUCAAAUUCUUGGACGCACUGUCUCUUCCCUCGAUUGGAGGCGAACGGAAGCAAAGAUCAAGGAAUGGGUCGCGUCCCCCGGCGCGAUCGGUGGUGUUUACCAUGCCCUCCAGUUGAUCAAGCUUAUUCUCCUACAAGAAGAUCCACGACGAAACGCUCUAGGUGACCCCAAUGGAAUGUCAUCAAACUUCAACCCACCUCCGUAUCCCACAUACGAUGCCGGGAAUGACAAUCUCUUGAACAGAGCCUGGGCUUUGUACUACGCGUCCUUGGUGCUCUGGGCCUAUGGUUUCGUGCAAGAUGGAGACCUUGACCCGUUCCCCGAGAACCUACAGUAUCCGUCUAAUAACUUCUCGGUGCCGCAAAUGACUGUGGAACCAAGUAUUCAGUCAUCUUCAACCUCACUCGGCCAAGGCGCGACACCAGCAACGAGCACUAAUGAGGUUCCUCAACCGCCCUCGCUCGAAGGUACUUCCUUGUCGAUGGGAUCCGAUUUUGAAAGCGUGAAGCGUGAUCGUCACGAAGAUCUCAAGACAUAUCUCCAAAUCAUGAUUCCACCGACGAUCAACUCGAUCAAAGCGUUUCAUUUGCACCAAAACCAAGCAGGAGUCGUCGGAAACCGCAACAAGAUAAUAGGUCUCUUGAGCGUUGUUGACGAGGCUUUGUCAACAACACGGUGGGAGCUUCUAUCUGAGGCAAGGCAUAGACUGAAAAUGGCGGCGUCAAUGAUGAAACACUCGGGAGAACCGAGGAUGUGAAAGUACAGGAGGUAAGGUUUUGUAUGAUGGUCCCCUAGUUGCCAGCGCUUGUUGGAUGGGUCCAAGAUGUGAGCGAUGAGCCCUGUAAUUAUGUAUAGUAGAUCAUAGCGGCAAUGCAUUUUUCUUUAGCGAUUCGAAAGCAUCUCAAUCAAAUUGUUCCAACGCCGAGCUGCAGGGCCACAGAGGGACUGAGGAAUUUAAUCGGAUGAGAGACCGAGCGCAUAGAUACUCGAUGUU